GAGGAAGUUCGUCAUCACGUUUCCAUAUUGCACGCUGGGUAAAUCGGCUUUCUCUUUCCGGCUGCAACACCAUCAAGUAAAUCAACAUGGGGGCAUAUCGCUAUAUGCAGGAGUUAUGGCGCAAGAAGCAAUCUGAUGUGAUGCGCUUCUUGCUGCGUGUGCGUUGCUGGCAGUACCGUCAACUGUCGAACCUUCAUCGAGCACCAAGACCAACCAGACCCGACAAAGCUCGCAGGCUGGGUUACAAAGCCAAACAAGGCUACGUGAUUUACCGUAUCCGUGUCCGCCGUGGAGGCCGUAAGCGCCCCGUACCCAAGGGCGCCACUUACGGAAAGCCAGUGAACCACGGUGUCAACCAACUCAAGUUCGCCCGCAGUUUGCAGUCCACUGCUGAGGAGCGUGCUGGCCGUCAUUGUGGCGCCCUGCGAGUGCUGAACUCCUACUGGGUGGGCGAAGAUUCAACCUACAAGUUCUUUGAGGUGAUCCUGGUGGAUCCCUUCCAUAAGACAAUACGACGCAACCCCGACAGCCAAUGGAUCACGAAGGCCGUGCAAAAGCACAGAGAGAUGCGUGGCCUGACGUCUGCAGGGAAGAAGAGCCGUGGGCUGGGCAAGGGCCACAAGUUCCACCAGACCAUUGGAGGCUCCCGCCGUGCUGCCUGGAGGCGCAGAAACACCCUGCAGCUGCAUCGUUAUCGUUAGAGCGUACACCAUCGCUAAUUGUGGAAAAAUAAAAGCUUUUUUGGUGAAA